AUGGCAUUCUCUAAAUCUUUCAUUGUUUUCUUUGCCCUCUUUCUAAUUCUUCUUCUUCAAAUGAUCGAGUGUUUCGAUUUCCAUGAAAAGGAGUUGGAGACGGAGGAGGGUCUCUGGCAGUUAUACGAGAGAUGGAGAAGCCACCACACUACCUCGAAUAGCCUCCAAGAGAAGAAACAGCGUUUCAACGUGUUCAAACAUAAUGCUCGAUACGUUCACGAGUUUAACAAGCUAGACAAGCCAUACAAGUUGAAGCUGAACAAGUUCUCGGACAUGACUAGUCAUGAAUUCCGAAGUAUCUAUGCUGGCUCCAAGAUUAAACAUAAUAGGAUGUUAAACGGGGUUAGAGAUGCUAACCGAACUUUUAUGUAUGAGAAUAUGGAAAAUAUUCCGUUGUCUAUGGAUUGGAGGAAGAAGGGUGCUGUCACCCCCGUGAAGGACCAAGGACAAUGCGGGAGUUGUUGGGCUUUUUCCACGAUUGUUGGAGUUGAGGGUGUGAACCAAAUCAAGACACAAAAACUUGUUUCUUUGUCCGAACAAGAAUUGGUCGAUUGUGAUAGGUCAAAGAACAGCGGAUGCAGUGGAGGGCUCAUGGAUUUGGCUUUCGAGUUCAUCAAGGAAAAUGGAGGCAUCACAUCCGAGGAAGACUAUCCUUACCUAGCGGCAGAUGGUGUUUGCGACAAUUCCAAGUUGACCUCUCAUGUGGUAACGAUUGAUGGUUACGAGGAUGUACCCGUAAACGAUGAGAAAGCACUUCUUAAGGCAGCAGCCAACCAACCUAUAUCGGUUGCUAUAGAUGCCAGUGGUUCCGAUUUCCAGCAUUACUCCGAGGGCGUGUAUACCGGUGGUACAUGUGGGACAGAACUGGACCACGGUGUAGCCAUCGUAGGGUACGGUGCGACCUUACUCGGGAAAAAGUAUUGGAUCGUGAAAAACUCUUGGGGAACCGAUUGGGGAGAAAAAGGGUACAUAAGAAUGAAGCGCGAUGUAUCGCAAAUACAAGGAUUGUGUGGCAUAGCUAUGGAAGCUUCUUAUCCUACCAAAUUAUCACCAACCAACAACCUUAAAGAACCCAAAUCAUCUAUAGAGAAAAAUGAUGAACUUUAA